AUGGAGCCAAGCUCGCCCGGCUCUGUCUUUGCUGGUGAUCGUCUAGAUGACGAUGACUGCGAGGCGUCGUCUGAUUUCGACACACAUAUCACGUCCAUGCCCAGAGAGUGCGACUCCACUGAGCUAAACGUAACGAAAGUAAACCGUCUCUUACGCCCUCUUAAAGCGAAAUGCACACAUCUAUCCAACAUUGGAGAGGCUUUCUUGCCGGUAUCUGACAAUACGGGCCCGCGUAUGAUAACAACCUAUUCGCAUCGUCGGGUUUACCGCCCCGCCAACCACCAAGAGUCGACGGUGCCUCCACUUGCGGUGUUUGCUGAACCAGAGCUUAUUCUACGGAGACCGAAGCCAGUAGUGGAUGCAGGGACACUUGAGCUAAGCAGGAGAGUCUAUCAUGUCAGAGACUGCUUCAAACGGAUCUUGGACACGUUGUACCGGGAGGACGAGCUGACCGAGGUUACAUCGUCUGUCCGGGAUAAGCGGAGGGCAAGUCGACUUCAGAGGACGACGAGCAGCCGACGAGACGUAACGUCUCCUGGGUCAAGCGCACCCACCGAACGUAUACCGAGUUUGAGGGAUCUAUGUUCGGUUGUGGCAGGGCGGAACAUGAAACUAGAGAAGCCCGACUUGGAGUGGGAAGGCGAGGAAACUCGGGAGGAAACGGACACCGUAGGGGUAGACGAAGAAACGGAGAUAAUUGACGAACUAUACAAUUCAAUCCUCCCUCCGUAUCGCCGACGCACCCUCGUCUCACACGCGCUCACGCACAUCCUCGAGACCGACCGCGUCAACCGCAACCAGACCCUCCUCUCCUCCCUCCUCUCCAUCACGCUAUCCCACAAACCCCCUCUCAUCCCCGAGACGCACGCCAUCGUGCGCGCGAUGCUCGUCAGCGCCCUCACCACAUCUCGCACCAAGAAGAACUCCUCCCCACCGAUCUGCCACAUCUCGCACGCGUCCUGGCUGGACGACCUGCACUGCCUUUGCUGCGCCCCGUCCAAGAGGGAACCUCUAGCUGACAUCAGUAGUUUACCCGCUAAGAAGCAAACGACACAUAUCCCGACCCGUUCGUUGCUGGGAAUGUUCCUCGAUGUGCUCCGCACCAGCAGUGCUGAGGACGCAACCGCCGUCUGGCUCUCGAAAGCCACCCACCGCCUCCUGCACAGACUGCGCAAGACCGACGGGCCCUCCUACUUCUACCUCCUUACUGGCAUGGCCGACUGCGUCGCUCGUCGCCCGGGAGACACCGACAAUUGCGAUCUGCGAAAGACGUUCGCCGGGAUCAUGCAAGGCCUGGUACAGUGGCUGCUGGCUCCCCCGCCGAGCUCUAGCGGACCUCCAAGCCCGGAUCUGGGUAGGCGGUCCCUGCUUCGCGUCAAGGAUGACCUGUCGUCUCCGGUCCGCGCGGCGCCCGUACGUCGGCCCAGCCACUUGGAGGAGCGGCCUGUUACCCCGGACGACUUCCAGGGCUUGAUCGACUUCUUGAUUUACACGUCGUCUUGCGGGUUGCACACAUCUGUGUCGCCUGGCCUGGCUGCGACCAAGGACGCGGUCAUAUGUCUAACCGCGAUCUGCGUAGCUACAGACCCCGUGCCAGAGGCUGGUAUUUCCCACUCGGACAAGAAUGGCUUGGAAGCGGUGUUAAAGGCGGCGAAGCCUACUCCUUCGGUGUUCGAGUAUCUUGCGGAAGGGAUGCUAUCUGGGGCCUUACACAUCCCCUUCGCCGAGUCUCUCGUGGAAAUUUCUCCGAAUGCACAUAUAGCCAACGAGUCCCACCAGCUUUUCCUCGCCUUUGCUUCCGGUCUGCACGAGCUCGACCUGCGCAAUAUGGGGCAUAUCGGUUACCUUCGUUUGGAAGCAUCAUACCUGUACUACGGCGACGUUCGGCCUGAUAAUGUGGAUCAACUGAAGUUGUCCUUCACAACGAAAAAUGUGGUAUGGAAGGCCUUUGGGUGGACAGUCCGACAUUUCAUGGUGUUCCGGGAUAACUACUUUGGCACGUUCACGCAUUUCUCAACCCUUUAUGAAUACUUGGACAAAAGGAAAAAGGGCGUCCAAGUGGGAGAUCCCAUUGAACUGCAGUACCGAGAAGGAAAGUCUAACAUGCUUCAAGUGCAGCUGCAGCUCGGGAUUGAUCGCGGGAUCAUUGUUGCUCCUGCGGGACUUCCUGGAUAUGAACGCUACGACUUUGAUGCACCUCGCGGGGGGACGGGCGGAGGGCUUGGAUCCUGUGUUGUAUUGACUAUUCCAACCCUUCAAGUCCAAUUGCGGACGCAUGACUAUUUUAUGGAGAUGUCCCUUAAUAUUGAUCUCGUGACAGGAAGUGUUAGGGAGGACUGGACAGAAGCCGAUUCCUUUGUAUCGGUCAGUCACCAACAUCCGAAUCCCAUGUUCUGCAUCGAUGGUUUGGACAUCGUGGCGCAUCGAUUAUUCGGCCCCCAACCUAGGACUUCCACUUACGUCUGCAUUUGGGAAAUACAUGUAGGUCGUGUCAGGGCUUUGGUAACAGCUCUCGAAGCAAAGGUCCUCGGAGCUGCUGGAGACGCCUUGGGUUUGAAUUUCUCGGACCCACUGAACGCCCCCGCUGCCGAAUACGCUGUUCCUAGUGACCCAGAUGUCACGUUCCUUAAAGUGUCUGUGGAUGCAGUCACAGCGGUAUGGUUAGCCGGCGACUGCGCGUUGGAAGUGCGCGUCCCUCGCGGGUUGCAAAUUAAUCAUAACGACCUAGCAGGCACUUUACACCGCAAGGCCACUGCUAUCCGAUUUCCAGAGGUUACCUUGAAAGCUUUCAAGUCCUUCGGUUCCGUUGACAGGUGCUGGUUAGCAGCUACGACCCUCACGUUCGAUAUCAACAUGGAUAUGUACUCUCGACCAGAUGGCUGGCGUGAGUCUGCCCGAGCGCAAGCAGAAUUUGUUUCGAAGCAGGAUGCUCUCACUGGUCGAGCGAAAGUGCUGUACGCUCGAGGCCCAGAGGCGCUUGUUGCGGAUAUGCGCAGAUCCCGGGGGUCAUCCAAGGCCGGCCUUUAUUUACCUUACCCUCAGGUACCAGCAGCAGAUAAUCCACGACGCCGAAGGCGCCUUGGUACCCGAGUGAAAGACAGGGAAGCAAUCCCCCCAUUGUCCCGACACUUUUCGACGUCAGAUGGGCCGAUAUCGGAAUCCGAGAGUGAAGAGGUCAUCUCAGAGGCAAUUAGAGAUGCAAGACUAGCGAAAUCCCGGCCUGCGACACCUAUGACUUUCAGAAACUUUGAAGAUGAUGGGAGUAUCGCGAGUGGCGAUGAAUCGGAUGAUGCUGACCUAACAGAAUACGCGGAUGACUCUGAGAGCGAUGUUUAUGAGCUGCGUGAUGAGGGCUUUUCGGACCAUACGAAGGUUGCUGACCGCUACGACGCUCAACUGAUCAGUAGUCUCUGGCAUUGGGAUGAUUCACCGUUCCUGCUGGUCCGAGACCGCUGGUCGUCCGUAGCUGGCCAUAGGGAUAAUGCACCUCCGAUUGGUGCCGCAGAAAAGUCCCCAGUUGACUGCUUUAUGCUGCGUGAAGAACUGUCAUUUGGGCGUGAUACGACUGUAUUCCGCAUAACCAGUCAGCAUGGCGUGGAUAUUCGUCUCACACCUUUGGUUGCCUCUUGCGUGGGUGCACUCUUUUCGGAGGUAACACUCAGUCGACUUAGCCCUGAACUCUACAUUGACUCUGUAAUUUCAAGAUACGUACGUUCCAUCUCCGAUACUCGGCUCAAAGGGCAACAUACCGUGGUCGAUCUAUGUAUACCCUCGGCUCGCCUCCGCUUCAUGCAUACUGUCCCAAGCGCUAAUGUGAGCGCCUCCAGCUCAAGAAAGGAUCGUGGUAUCACAUUACUGGAUAUGAAGUUCCAGCAAUUGUCUCUCAUGGGUUCCAUAGUCGCCAAGUUCCAGGAACUUCCGUUCAAGCAGAAUCUGGUGUGCACGAUUCAAGGGCUGUCUGCUGCCCUUGGCGUGGUAGAACCUCGUCAAGUUCGUUCACAUGAGACAGCCCACCAAUUCUUCCCUCUGUGUGACAUCCGCUUGUCAUCGACUACGUUUCGAUGGACAGAGGUCCAGGUCAGCAUAUCUGCCCAAUCCUCGUCAAUCACCGUGGAGCAUGCCUCCCCCAGCGUCGUCGGCGCCUCCGCUUUGGUUAUCGUCCCUUGUAUACAAUCUCUGCAACGCGAUUUAUCUCGGAUAGGGCAACAAUCUGAAGGUGUUUCAAGACGCUUAGUGCGGCAGAUUCUCCACGUCGCCGAGAAGAAGGCCAUGGUUGAUCCACUAUCGACGAUUCAGCCGUCCUUUCUCGUCCAGGCCGGGUGUCCACAGCAGAUACGAACGAGUCCGACAUUCAAGGCUCUGUUACACCUACGCCGAUCUUUGCGUGAGCUGGAUACAAUGGAGCGCAUUACAUUCACUCACGGCCACCUGGAUCAGCAGUCGGACGUCCGACCCUCUGAGUGGCUGCCUCUGCUUCAGAGGCAAGUCUCCGCCUAUGCGGCAGAUCCAGACUCCAGUGGCCAGACGGAGGGCCUGAGAUUAGAGGAUCUCUUGAACGCUGCAAGUCCACGGUCCUCUGAUGUGGAUGGCCCCGCCUUCAGCGUCGUCUCGUUGGACUUAGAGCUGGGAGAAGUAAAGACUUAUUUAUUCAAUGAAUCUCGCACAUCGUCCAACACCUUCACCCUGGGCGCUAUAGUUACGAGCGUCAGCCUCCGACCAUCGGUCAUAUCUGCAGCGCAUGCAUCCCGUUCUACCAAAUCUCUCGUGGCAGCAUCUCUCGAACACCGCCGACAAGACGUAAAGCAUCUCGGCAUCGCUUUCACUGUUGGAAACGCGGAGGCGUAUCUCCUGCCUCAUAUACUAGACCUGGCGCAGCAGACGAUUAGGGUCUGGCGUCACUACCAAGCGGGACAAGAGCAUCGUUCCAAACGGUGUCCCCAUCCUGUCUCAAGCGAAAUCUCCCCAAUCACUCCACCGGCCUUCGUAGUCGAUUUGACGAUGGUCGUAGAUCGUUGCCGGAUACAGGCAGCUGCGGAAACCUUGACAUUUGACGCUGGGGCCUCUGGCAUUAUUCUCAUUUCGAACAACUUCAUCCCCAGCUCCAGGAUCCAGGACACUCAUGGAAACUCUGCCCUAUCUGGUAACCAAUCCGUCAUUUUCAAAGAUAUCUUCUUUCGAGCUCGUGAAACCAGGAAAGCUUCUGCUUCGGAUUCUCUUGCUUCUUUGACCUUCAAACAGGGGCGCAUCAAUGGUGUUAUCCGCCAAGAGUUGGAUUCGGGGCUGACGGUGCGAGGGGUAGUUGCAGUGGAGGCCCUGCAGUUGAGCAUUCCUCGCAGCGCCUUGAGGCUCUAUCGAUUUGUUGAGGAAUGGAAAGCGGACUACUUGUCAGGGAUUGAAACGACUAUGCAGUCUCUCUUAGCUGAACUCCAAGGUGCAUCUAAACAAGCAUUAUCUUCCCCGUCCCGGUCCCCAGCGCAAAAGCCCGCUAUCCAAGCCCAUCUAUGCCUUGGCACCCUGGCUAUCGUAUUGCAGAUGAUGCCUGGCACUUGGCUUUCCUGGGAGAUAGCCGAUGUCUUUGCUUUCGCGAAGUCCAAAUCGACCCCGCAAACGCUGUCAUACUCGUUCGGGUUACAGCUCAAGUCACAACUUCUGAGCAUAUCUUCCAAAACCAAUACCGGAGACAGUGCCGCCGGUACAAGGGUGAAAUUUCGGCUUCCUGUAGCGUCUGUGGCGGGUGAAUACGACGGAUCAGCGAUCCAGGUGAUGGCAUCCAUCGCGUUCUUCGAUGCGAACUUGCGCCCCUCUCAUUGGGACGCCCUCAUGUUCAUCCAACAGAAAUUCGGGCAAGAUUUCGAUGAUCUAGUUUUGUUAGUUCAGGAAACUCGUUCCAAAGCUAAGAGGCCGUCUUCUUCUUCUGCGGGCGCCCACGUGAAACCUGUCCCUCGCCUAAAAUUCGACAGCCUCUUGAGAAUGAAAGGCUUCCGGUUCGGUUUACAAGGCGUCUCGUCCACUUUGUACCUGGAGUGCGAAGACAUAUACGGCGCUCUAAAUAACGAUGUGGGCGAUGCCUGGAGCCUGGAAUUGUCGGAUCUUUCGCUGUCUUUUGCACCCCGUGGGAGCACUUCGAUGGGAUAUUCCGCGUCUUACAGGAACAGCCGAUCCGCGUUCGUCUCCAUUGAUGUCAAAGGCGCGUAUAAGACGCUUGCUGAAGCUCGUUCAUUGCAAGUCUUUGUUAGCAAGAUCCACGCUGUCAUGCAACCUAGUUCCAUUGGCGAAGUCGGUGAUUUCGUCGACCAUUUGCAGGCUGAGCUGGCUUCGAAGAAGGAAGAACGAGCCCUUGAGAUGUCAAAAUUUAGGGAGAAGACAAGAAGUAUCAUGAAGUCACUCGAGGUCCGUGUCUCUGAGAAAACGUCCGAUGAUAGUUCAUCGUGGCUUGACAAGAGUAACUUGGAAUUGAGUAUCAAGAACAUUGGUGUCGCGUUCCCGCUUACAUUAGAACAAGAGUUGCAACCUCCAUUAUUCAGACGGGACACCAAGGCUGUGCGAGCUUUCUUGUUUUCGGUCAAGUCCAUCACUUUCGAUGCCCACCGCGGGGCGAGCGGUUCGGCAGCUAUGAAACGUUUUUCCUUUCAGUUCGUGGAAAGGUUCCGUCAAGCUGUGCCUGGCGACUUUGGGGGUGAGAACCACAAGACACAGAACAGGAUAGUCUACCCUGAUGUCAACGCCCGAGUCCGGUCGGAUAGACGAGGCAACAUGAGGCAAUUGCGUGUCGCUGCAAACGUUAGUGGGUUCGUUCUGGAUCUCGACUCGGGCAUCUCGGAUUAUAUCUUCUCUCUUAUUGAUGUCUACCGACAUGGUAAGGAGAGAGUGGACCGCAUUACUGGUGUGGGGUCACGCCCCGCCGUAUCUGCUGAUAUGAUGCCACGUCUAUCAACGCGUCCGGAUCAGACACAUUACAGCGCACUGCCCACCUCUAAUAUCCUUGCGUCUCUGAACUUCUUAAGCGGCCAAGUGCGCAUUCACGGUAACUCAGGAACACGCGCAAGGAAAACCCGAUCCGUAUUUCCCGCCAUUCGAGAGAUCACGGAUGAAUCCGUUCUUGAUAGUGCCGAAAUCUUGGAUCUUCCAGGUCUAUCCGUAUGGGCGGAAUACCGAGCAACGCCUGCGUCGAGGAAGCUUAGUGGGUCCAGGAGUGCUGAACCGUCCAUUCUGAUGUUCAAGAGCACUAUCCACUCGAGUCAAAAUACACUUAGGCCAACUCUAUUACCUUUCGUCACGGAGGUUAUCAAACACGUCGAAGAGCGUUUACGAAAGGUCAGCACAUCUGGCCCAGAUACGCCGAAGUCGUCCAGAUCCGAAUUGUCGGCGUCGCAGGCCUUGGAGAGCCGGAUCGACGAGGAAUUGCGGGCGGUUUCGAGCCUAAACAUCAGUCUCAGUCUUCGUAUCGAUCAGUCAAAACUGGAAUUGACCUGUCAGCCAGACGUCAACGUGAUUGCUGGGCUCCACUGGGAUAGUGGGGGCUUCAUAGUGAGCAUCUCUCCUGGAGCCCGUCGGGUCACGUUCACAGGUAGUGUGGGCGGCUUGACUGCGGGACUAAAACAUGGGUUUUUGAGCGACGACUGUGUACGGGUCGAUGCCCGUAACCUAGGAUUCUCCGUAACCUUCGGUAAGACUGACAAUGGAGAAGGCAAGCCUGUUAACUCGAUGUCCCUCGUACUCGACACGGAAUUCUCUGGGGCGGUACACUUUUCGCGGCUGCAGGACGUUCUCUGCUUCAAAGCUGUUUGGUUAGACAGGAUCCCAGUCUUUGGUAACCCUAACUUUGCUACGCCCAGCACGCCCGCCAAAGGCCUGGUAGCUCUCCCGAAUCCCGGGACUGUGGAGCAGGGGUUUGUGACUGCUCUCCUAAUUCGCAUUCGUCGGACAACACUCGAGAUGGAUCUCGGGCAGUCUAUCAGUGCCAUCACCAUGGAUCUUAGCAAUGUCGUUUUCAGGACGCGGUUAACGGAGGCCUUAUCCGAGGUGGCUCUUUGCAUAAUGAAAGUAGACAUGCGAUUCGCAGGCAACCUAUCAGGCCAGGCAGCCGUGCCUGAUUUCUCAUUCCAUACCAUGCGCAGAAGAGAAGAUGCGGUGGCUCAUGAGGCGGAAAGCAACAGACUUCUGGAACUGUCUAUGUCAACUGGAGCCUUCAACAUUACACUAGAAUCAGAGAGGCAGCAGCUGCUAUACUACCAUGCUGAGCCCCUUCACGUUAUGAUCUUCGACGACUGGUCGCAUGCCUCCUCCGAGCACCAUUGGCUACAAUUGUCCUUUGUAGUCAGUGGCUCUGAAGUGGUUGCCGUCGUCACCGUUGGGACCAUACCACGCCUGAUCAUGUAUGCAAAUAAGUUUAAGGCCAAUCUGGAUGCUCAGCGAGAGGGAGCUAGUCGCGAAUCAAAAGCCUUCCGGGUAGCAAGCACCCCCAAACCCGAUAAUCCCCUGUCUGCUGUCGCCAGUGCCAUGAUUCAAUCUGCACGGACGCGUCUGACGGAGCCAGAAUCCCGUGUAUCAUAUGUCAUAAGGCAGCAUAUGAGCUUGCAUUUAGACCUCCUCCGUCUUACUGUUUUCCCUCGUACAGUCCGUGACGUCGAGAUGGCUCAGCUCGUGGGUCGCGAUGUCCAGGCGCGCCUCGACCGCCAUGUUGAUCCUGACGGCCUCACAGCUCACCGGGACCUACAUCUUGAAUUUGCUGGUAUAUCGGUUGCAAGAUUCCAUCAGCUUAACACAUCACUCGCAAUGAAGACUACUUCGGACAACGCCAAGUAUUGGCUUGAUGCCCUUACGAAAGAUGCAUCCGAGGCCAUUAUUUUCGGACUUCCUUCCAUGAAGAUGUCGAUGGACAGCACGGAGGCCGUCGAAGACCGGAUUCGGGUACUUGCAUAUAACUUCCACAGCCACUUCCUCAGGGAGACUGAUAUGAAGAGAGAAGACAUCUACAUAACACUGAACAUGUCUCUUUAUGCUUGGCUCACGAUCCUGCGCAAGAACUUUGCCCGAGAAAUGGAGCAAGUUCAAGCGUCGGGUGACGGGCAUUCCACGAAAUUGCAAGCCACAUCAGCAUCUUCGCUCCGUAGGAAGGCUGGGGAACAAUCAUUCUCCCUUGACACUCUGGAUGCCCCUCUCUACAAGCCGCCGCCAGGACCAGCUGACUCUUCUCAACCCGGAAGACCUCCUAACGUGAGGGCUAGCACGUUCACUCAUAGCAGAUCCGUUUCGCAUGCCGGUUCAUUUCCUGCGUCUCACAAUCCGGCAUUGCCAUCGCAAGAUCCUAUCGCAAGGGAUUUCGCGAAUAACCCUUCCAAAACCCCAACCGUGCCGGCAUCUCUCGCCUCUACACAAGACAAGGGUCUGAUUUUCCGACCCCAGAACCGACAAAUAGAACGGCUGACCAUGCGUCAACUUGGUGAAGCAACGCCGGACGUCAUGCACCCAUUCUUCAUGAAGAAAUCUGGAUUCAACCUCGAAGAUUCUUUGCCUCAAUAUGUCCAUGAAUACGCGACCACGCCACUAGAAGAAAUUAUGCGGGCGUUAUUACAACUGUAUAGUAAGCAACUGAGGGUGAAGAGCGAUCUCAGCAGCAAGACGUAGUGUAUCUAUAUUGGACGCUGUACCAUAUAUCCUACAUAGUAUAAUUCGUAAAUAGCAAGGGUAAUUGCACCGGGUUAGGGGAUCACAGGUGACUCU